CGUCACGUCCUUGCUUCGCGUUUGAAUCGAGGUCGCAAUUUAAGUUUAAUUGUUUAAUAAAAACGUCUUUUCUAACUUUGGCAUAGAAUUGCUUAAAAUUAUCAGUAUAGUACCGGUGUGCUGUGUUCCAAAGUGCAGCUCCCCGGUAGCUGAUCGAGUUUUUCCUAUAGUACGAACAAAAUCCCGGAGUUCUUAGAUAACGUUCUUAGAGUUGUCGUCAAGUAUUCAGUUAACCGUAUUAUUUUCGUACGAAUUAUUUUCAGACCGUUUCACGAUGCCUCUCGGUAUGGAAGACUAUCGUAUCCUCUCGGGUCAUCUUCGGGCCUCGUCGUCGUACAACUACAACCACGGACCUGACCGAGCGCGUCUGAACAUCUACAACAGUCAUGGACGAACAGGGGCCUGGGUAGCAAAGUAUCGAAACACCCAUCAGUUUCUUCAGAUUGACUUGCGGGAGUUGAGUAUCAUCAAAGGAAUCGCUACACAAGGAAGAAGAGAAGCUCACCAAUGGGUCACCAAAUAUCAGAUGUCCUACAGUCGCUUCGGAGCUCGGUUUAGAAGCUAUGUGUCAUAUGGACGCAUCAAGGUCUUCAUUGGUAACUACGACAUUUAUCACACAGUUUCACGUAAGAUACUCCCCGCAAUUAGAGCACGCUACAUCAGGAUACACCCUAAAGGCUGGCGUUCAUAUAUUGCUAUGAGGGUUGAACUUUAUGGAGGACGAUUGAAAGAAAACUUUUGCGAUGCCCCAGUGGGUCUCCAAUCCGGUCGUAUCAAAAAUAGCCAAAUCACUGCCUCCUCUCAGUGGAACAAACAUCACGCACCAUGGCUGGCUCGCUUGCACCGCACCAAACGAGGCCCUUAUAUCGGGUCGUGGUCUUCCCGCCAUAACAACCACCAUCAGUGGUUACAGAUCGACUUCAGAAGAGCAAUGAAGAUCACUGGUAUUGCGACACAAGGCCGACAAGAUGCCGUCCAAUGGGUGACUGCGUAUUAUAUUUACUAUGGUUAUGACGGAGUGUUCUUCUCUAAAGUGAGGUACUGGUGGAAUUAUGCCGUAAAGGUAAGCAAGUUCGUUGAUUUUAUUCCAUUAUGUUUUGGUCUUUUUCUCAGUCUUUGUUUUAUAUUUACUUUUGUUUGUUAGAGUAAUGUAGUUGUUGCUCUGGCAG